GCGGCGGCAGCGACAUGGAGCCGGAGGCCGGCGACCGAAGCAGUGCUGGCAGGCACAGGGCCGGGCCCCCGAGCACUCCGCCGCCCCGGGAGCAGGAGCGGAAGCUGGAGCAAGAGAAGCUCUCCGGGGUGGUGAAGAGCGUCCACCGGCGGCUUCGCAAGAAGUACCGGGAAGUGGGAGAUUUUGAUAAGAUCUGGCGAGAACAUUGUGAGGAUGAGGAAACACUUUGUGAAUAUGCUGUUGCAAUGAAAAAUUUGGCAGAUAACCAUUGGGCAAAAACUUGUGAGGGCGAAGGUCGUAUUGAAUGGUGUUGUAGUGUAUGCAGAGAAUAUUUCCAAAAUGGUGGAAAGAGAAAAGCACUUGAAAAGGAUGAAAAAAGAGCUGUACUCGCCACUAAGACCACUCCAGCCUUAAGUACACAUGAGUCUUCUAAACUUGAAGGUCAUUUAACCAACCUCAGCUUUACAAACCCUGAAUUUAUAACUGAGUUGCUACAGACCUCAGGAAAGAUCAGAUUACUUGAUGUUGGCAGCUGCUUUAACCCAUUUCUGAAGUUUGAAGAAUUUCUAACUGUUGGCAUAGAUAUUGUACCUGCUGUAGAGAGUGUAUAUAAAUGUGACUUCCUGAACUUGCAGCUUCAGCAGCCACUCCAGCUUGCACAGGAUGCUAUAGAUGCCUUUUUAAAGCAGCUGAAAAACCCUAUUGAUUCUCUUCCUGGAGAACUUUUCCAUGUGGUUGUUUUCUCUCUCCUUCUUUCUUAUUUUCCAUCACCUUACCAACGAUGGAUUUGCUGCAAGAAAGCCCAUGAACUGUUAGUGUUAAAUGGUUUAUUGCUUAUCAUCACACCUGAUUCCUCCCAUCAGAACCGUCAUGCUAUGAUGAUGAAAAGCUGGAAGAUUGCUAUAGAGUCCCUGGGCUUUAAACGUUUCAAGUAUUCAAAGUUUUCACAUAUGCAUUUGAUGGCAUUUAGAAAAAUCUCCCUAAAGACCACAAGUGACUUGGUUAGUAGGAACUACCCAGGAAUGUUAUAUAUUCCUCAAGAUUUCAACAGUAUAGAAGAGGAGGAAUAUUCUAACCCUUCCUGCUACGUUCGAUCAGAUAUAGAAGAUGAACAACUAGCAUAUGGUUUCACAGAGCUCCCUGAUGCUCCAUAUGACUCAGAUUCUGGAGAAAGUCAAGCCAGCUCUAUUCCUUUCUAUGAGCUAGAAGAUCCCAUAUUACUUUUAAGUUAAUAUCAAAGUAAAAGGCCCUUUCAGUCCAGACUCCUAAACUAAUUGCUUACACUAAUCAGAAAUACUAACACGAACUCAGUACUUAAAACCUGGUUUGCAUAGAAAAAAUGCAAAGGUUUACAGAGUUUGCUAUUUUUUUCUACUUCUGGAUUUUAAAAUUUAUUCUUAUAUAGAAAGCUUAAAGUUUCAUGCAGAGUGACUCCUGUCAUAGCAGAAACCACUGUUACUUUAGCAUUUAGCACUAAGAUAUCAUAGAAAGGUACCUUUUUUUCUUUAGUGCUAUUGUGAAAAAUGAAGCGUAACUUGCUAUGUAUUUUCCCUUUUUUAAUCUUUUCAGUGUUGACUUUAAACCAUUGCAAUGAGAAAAGAUAUGUAGAAAGCUGUAGCUUGCACUUUGAUGACUCACAAGUUAAAUGUGACACAGAUAGAUUGGCUUAGUUGUUUUGUGAUGCACUUACUCUCUUUUCUAGCUAAAUUGUUAUCUGUUACAGAAAGCCAUUUUCUGUUCAGUUUUGUCUGAUGACCUGCAUUUCUUCAACUUUAUAGAAUUCAUCUUUUUUUUCUCUCUCUCUUUUGCUCAUUUGGCAGCAGACACUUGGGGAAAGAUUUCUAAUCUUUCUAGUCCCCCAAGUAUUUCUAAUCCCCCAAGUAUUCUAAAUCCAUUAGUACAAGACAAUAAACACCAUUGCCAAAGUAGAAUGUUCAUAUCUUUCAUAUUGAUUUAGGCCUUGGUGUUAAGUGUAUCUAACUGUGAGAAUUCACUCUUUUUUAAAUUUAGGUUUCAUUUCCAGAAUUUUCUAUUUAAGCAAGGGACAAUACUCAAUCCUGACCUGAAACACCUUGGUGAAAGUGUUUGCACUUGUCAGAGUUUAUGUUCUGUCUAGACCAGCCAUGUUAGGGUCCUCACCUUUCCAUUAAGGAGGUGUGCUGCACUACUAGUCUGGAAUUACAUAGAAAAAUUCUACAUUAACCCUCUGCUAGUGAGCUCAUAACAUGGUUUUGACCUUUCGGUAUUCUAAUUUCUA